AUGCUUCGAAAAGUGGUUAUUUUUUUCAUUUUGCCGCUCCUAUUCCUCAUUUCAUGCUCAAUUUUAGUAGGAACACUCGACGUUCGAUCUUAUUUCUCCUUACCCAUGUUAACAUCGCCGGCGGUUGUUGCACUUGCACCGUGCGCCGCCGCCGCCGCCGAUGAUGAUCCUCCUCUCAAGGUCUACAUGUACGACCUCCCCCGCCGGUUCAACGUCGGCAUGCUCAAUAGCCGGAGCACGGCGGAACCGGAAUCUCCGGUCACCGCCGGGGAUUACCCUCCGUGGCCCGAGAAAUCCGGUUUGAUGAAGCAGCACAGCGUGGAGUACUGGAUGAUGGGGUCGCUUCUUUACGAUGGGGGUGACCGCAGCGAAGCAAUAAGGGUUUGGGAUCCGGAGGUAGCUGACGUGUUCUUUGUGCCCUUUUUUUCUUCCCUGAGUUUCGAUACGCACGGCCAUCAUAUGAAGGAUUCGGCCACGGCGGUUGAUCGACAGUUGCAGAUUGAUUUAAUGGGGAUCUUAAGGCAAUCCAAGUACUGGCAAAGGUCUGGAGGUAGAGACCAUGUAUUUCCUAUGACACAUCCCAACGCCUUUAGGUUCCUGCGGGAUCAAGUGAAUGAAGCUAUUCAUGUUGUUGUAGAUUUUGGCCGUUACCCCAAAGGAAUAUCUAAUUUGAACAAAGAUGUAGUGUCCCCAUAUGCACAUGUUGUGGAUUCUCUUACAGAUGAUGAGCCUCAAGAUCCAUAUGAGUCUCGUACCACUCUGCUUUUUUUCAAAGGGAAGACAUUACGUAAGAAAGAAGGCAAAAUCCGUGUUAAACUAGCAAAGAUAUUAGCUGGUUAUGAUGAUGUUCGCUAUGAACGUAGUGUUGCUACAGGAGAAAACAUAAAAUUGUCAUCUCAGGGGAUGCGAUCAUCAAAAUUCUGUUUGCAUCCAGCAGGAGAUACACCUUCAUCUUGUCGCCUUUUUGAUGCCAUUGUGAGUCAUUGUGUUCCUGUUAUUGUGAGUGAUCACAUUGAACUCCCAUUCGAGGAUGAGAUUGACUACUCUCAGUUCUCAGUGUUCUUCUCUUUCAAAGAGGCAUUAGAGCUUGGCUACAUGAUCAAUGAGCUUCGAAUGUUUCCAAAGCAGAAAUGGACUGAAAUGUGGAGGCAGCUUAAAAACAUCUCCCAUCAUUAUGAAUUCCACUACCCUCCAAUAAAAGAAGAUGCUGUUAAUAUGCUGUGGAGACAGGUCAAGCACAAGCUUCCAUGGAUCAGACGUUCUGUUCAUCGAAACCGGAGGCUUAAAAUCCCAGAUUGGUGGAAGAAAAGAUGAUCUUCAGAGCUCUCUUCCUUGAUCUUGUACAUUCAUUUUUCAGUUACA